GCCCGUGAUCGCGCUCCCAGUCCCGCGAGGGGUCGUCGCCGAGGCUUCUCCCAGCCCACAGGCAAAAGCAUGGCAGCCAUGCCCUCCAGCGGCCCACUCGUGGCCACCCACGACUACUACCGGCGCCGCCUGGGUGCCACUUCCAGUAACAGCUCCUGCGGAAGUGCCGAGUGCCCUGGGGAAGCCAUCCCCCACCAGCCCGCUCUCCCCAAAGCCCACCCAGGACACGGGUGGGCUAGCUUCUUUUUCAGGAACUCCACUCUCCCGUUCAUGGCCACAGUGUUUGCGUCCUCAGAGCACUCGGAAUCUGCCCAGGCCUCCGCCAGCACGAUCACCUAUGACCUGGCUCGGGAAGCCGUGGGGAAGCAGCAGCCUGGCAAAACCAACUGUAGGCCCCCGUCCUGA